AUGUUUUUUACAGUGCAAGGGUGGAAACACAAACAGCUCCUCCUCUUUUCAAGAAGUACCACAGUUCAUUUCUUCUUUACCCAUAUCACUACUAACAUGGCAGAUGACCAGGGAAAUAUACAUGCGGUCGUGAUUAAUGAUGACUGGCCAGGUUACAAUUUAGAGUUGUUUAAUUAUCCUGAGCAUUACAGUGGGGACCUGGAUUGUGUGUACAUCCCUCAUGGAGUCAUUAUGAACAGGAUUGAAUGCCUGGCCAGAGACAUUCUUGAAGACAUUGGACACCAGGACAUGAUGGUUCUGUGUGUUUUGAAGGGUGGAUAUAAGUUUUGUUCUGACCUGGUGGAGUCCAUUAAAGCUCAGAGCCGCAGCACUAACAGAAGACUGACCAUCAGAGUAGAGUUCAUUCGAUUUAAGAGCUAUCUGAAUGAUCAAUCCACUGAACACCUUCAAAUUAUUGGACCAGAGGACCUCUCCAUGCUGAAAGGCAAGGCAAUAGUGGACACAGGGAAAACCAUGAGAGCUCUUCUAAAGCAUGUGAACACUUUCCAGCCCAAACUGGUUAAAGUUGCCGGGCUCCUGGUAAAGAGAGUUCCUCACUGUGAUGUAAUGCUCCCAGACUAUGUUGGAUUUGUCAUUCCUAAUCGUUUUGUUGUGGGUUACGCUCUGGACUACAAUGAAUACUUCAGAGACCUCAAUCACAUCUGCGUCAUCAGUGAGAUGGGGAAACUGAAAUAUAAAGUGUAACAAACUGUUUUCAAGAGGAAUUGACAUUUAUAUUACCGUAACAAAUGUAUACCUUAUUCUGUUUAAAGAUAUGAUUUCUGGAUUAUGUUUGAUGUAUUAUAUAAUGGGGUCUGUAUGCAUUGGAUAAAGUCAAAGCAAUAGCAUGCAGAA